UCUCCGGACAAGAUGGUGGUGGGUGGUACUGCAGUGAGUCCUGGUCAGCCGCAUCUGUAUCGCCAGGAUCUCACCACCUUGGAUGUUACCAAGUUGACUCCACUUUCACACGAAGUUAUCAGCAGACAAGCCACGAUUAAUAUAGGUACAAUUGGUCAUGUUGCUCAUGGAAAAUCCACAGUUGUAAAAGCCAUUUCUGGUGUUCACACUGUCAGGUUCAAAAAUGAAUUGGAGAGAAAUAUUACCAUCAAGCUUGGAUAUGCUAAUGCCAAGAUUUACAAACUUGAUGACUCAAGUUGUCCACGACCAGAAUGUUAUAGAUCCAGUGGAAGUAGUACACCAGAUGAGUUUCCUACAGACAUUCCAGGGACCAAAGGGAACUUCAAACUAGUCAGACAUGUUUCCUUUGUUGACUGUCCUGGUCAUGAUAUUUUGAUGGCUACUAUGCUGAAUGGUGCAGCAGUGAUGGAUGCAGCUCUUCUCUUGAUAGCUGGUAAUGAAUCUUGUCCUCAGCCUCAGACUUCUGAACACCUUGCUGCCAUAGAAAUUAUGAAACUGAAACAUAUUUUGAUUCUGCAAAAUAAAAUUGAUUUGGUAAAAGAAAGUCAGGCUAAAGAACAGUAUGAACAGAUCCUUGCAUUUGUACAAGGUACAGUAGCAGAAGGAGCUCCUGUUAUUCCAAUUUCUGCUCAACUGAAAUACAAUAUUGAAUUUGUCUGUGAGUAUAUAGUAAAGAAAAUUCCAGUACCUACAAGAGACUUUACUUCAGAACCCCGACUUAUUGUUAUUAGGUCCUUUGAUGUUAACAAACCUGGCUAUGAGGUUGAUGAUCUCAGAGGAGGUGUAGCUGGUGGUAGUAUUUUAAAAGGAGUUUUGAAGGUCGGCCAGGAGAUAGAAGUCCGACCAGGUAUUGUUUCCAAAGAUACAGAUGGAAAACUCAUGUGUAAGCCAAUAUUUUCCAAAAUUGUAUCACUUUUUGCUGAACACAAUGAUCUUCAGUAUGCUGCCCCAGGGGGUCUUAUUGGAGUUGGAACAAAAAUUGACCCAACAUUGUGCCGAGCUGACAGAAUGGUGGGACAGAUGCUUGGUGCAGUUGGAGCUUUACCUGAUAUCUUCACAGAACUGGAAAUUUCUUAUUUUCUACUUAGACGCCUUCUAGGUGUACGGACAGAAGGAGACAAAAAAGCAGCAAAGGUACAAAAGCUAUCUAAGAAUGAAGUGCUUAUGGUGAACGUAGGAUCCCUUUCUACAGGAGGAAGAGUUACUGCAGUCAAGGCUGAUUUGGGUAAAAUAGUUCUUACUAAUCCUGUGUGCACAGAAGUAGGAGAAAAAAUUGCCCUUAGCCGAAGAGUUGAGAAACAUUGGCGUUUAAUUGGUUGGGGUCAGAUAAGAAGAGGAGUAACUAUCAAGCCAACAGUAGAUGAUGACUGAAGAAUCCCAGUUAAAUAAUACAUAUUGAUGGAGUCAGAAUUUCUCAUAGCACUUAGGUCUAUACUUUCAAAGCAAAACUAGUGAAUAGAUUUCACAGCUUAUUACCUUAGUAGAAGCUGUCAGAUUCUCAUUUUUUGUGAUGAAAAUUUAUUCUCUAUUACUUAAACAGUAAAGCCUGCAGUAGAUGUCAAAAUUAGCUAUUGAUUUAUUUAAUCUAUAUUUUUGCAGCCAUUGAUCAUUGUUAAACAUUUUCAAGUUUGUACCUCAAUGUAGCUUUGUAAUGGUAUUGCUUGUUACAUUCUGUCUUUACUGUAUGCUACUGAACCUGUUUUAAAUAAAGUUUUACUUUGUACUUUU